UGUGUGUGACUUCUGUGUUCUGUCUGCUCCUGCUGCAGCUGCAGAAAUUUUACAAAAUUUACGACAUAUGACAGUGUUUUUAGGUGUUAUUUUCUGAAUUAUCUAAGAAAUUUUCGUAUUUUGAUUUAAUAGAAAGUGUAAUAAAUGUAAAUGAAAAAGCCAUAAGCUGAAUGAAAAAGACAUUUACCUAUGUAAGAUCACUCUUUCAAAUAAGCUAUCAAUAAUAACCUAUUGGAUAGAGCCAGUGAAAUUUACUUGUGUUGUUCUUUUUCUCAAGUUGAUGUUGAUCUUUUGAGCUAAAACCAGUGCCAGUCUUUAUAGGCUUCUUAAACUGGUGAUCAAACUUAUCAAAGAUUGACUCGGUGUGGGGUUGGGCGUCGCCGCCGCUGCGACUGCAACUGGCCGGUCUAGCGCGCUCCAGGAUGGGCGACAUGGUGGGUGGGGCUGAGCGGGUCGGUGGCGGGGGGGACCAGGGGGCCCCCUCCCCCGCCCGCCUCGCCCACACCUCCGAGAAGCACCCGCGCGGCACCCUCACCGAGCUCAACGUUCUGCGGCGUCAUCGCGAGCUCUGUGACGUCGUGCUCAAUGUCGGGCCCCGCAAGAUAUUCGCGCACAGGGUGAUCCUCUCAGCGUGCAGUCCGUACUUCAGAGCAAUGUUCACUGGCGAACUAGCAGAGUCGAGGCAAACCGAAGUAACAAUCCGUGAUAUUGAUGAAGUUGCUAUGGAACUACUAAUCGAUUUUUGUUAUACCUCGCAUAUAGUUGUAGAAGAAGCCAACGUACAAACUCUAUUACCAGCAGCAUGUUUACUUCAGUUGGCUGAAAUUCAAGAAAUAUGCUGCGAGUUUUUGAAACGGCAGCUGGAUCCAUCCAAUUGUUUAGGAAUUCGUGCUUUUGCAGACACACAUUCAUGCCGCGAAUUGUUGCGAAUCGCUGAUAAAUUCACGCAACACAAUUUCCAAGAGGUAAUGGAAAGCGAAGAAUUCCUAUUGCUUCCUGUGUGUCAACUGGUUGAUAUAAUUUCUAGUGAUGAAUUGAAUGUAAGGACUGAAGAACAAGUAUUCAGUGCAGUGAUGUCUUGGGUUAAAUAUAAUGUAUCCGAAAGGAGACAGCAUUUGUCACAGGUUCUACAACAUGUGCGUCUACCUCUUCUUAGUCCGAAAUUCUUAGUUGGAACCGUUGGCUCUGACCUUCUAGUACGAAGUGACGAAGCGUGCCGCGAUUUGGUCGACGAGGCUAAGAAUUACCUGCUGCUACCUCAGGAGCGUCCUCUCAUGCAAGGACCCCGAACUCGGCCCCGAAAGCCCACAAGACGGGGAGAAGUUCUCUUUGCCGUUGGUGGGUGGUGCAGUGGCGAUGCGAUUGCGUCGGUCGAGAGGUUCGACCCGCAGACGGUCGACUGGAAGAUGGUGGCCUCCAUGAGCAAACGGCGCUGCGGUGUGGGUGUGGCCGUCCUCAAUGAUCUCUUGUAUGCUGUCGGUGGCCACGACGGACAAUCGUAUCUCAACAGUAUCGAACGGUACGAUCCACAAACAAACCAGUGGUCAUGUGACGUGGCUCCUACAACCUCGUGCAGAACCAGUGUGGGAGUCGCCGUACUCGAUGGCUUUCUGUAUGCCGUUGGCGGACAGGAUGGAGUUCAGUGCUUGAAUCACGUUGAACGAUACGACCCGAAAGAGAACAAGUGGGGCAAAGUGGCCCCCAUGACAACGAGGCGACUGGGAGUGGCUGUGGCGGUGCUGGGCGGCUACUUGUAUGCUAUCGGGGGCUCAGAUGGACAGUGUCCACUCAAUACAGUGGAGCGGUAUGAUCCUCGUCAGAACAAGUGGACUCAAAUGCCUCCGAUGUCGACGAGAAGAAAACACCUUGGCUGCGCGGUGUUCAACAAUGUGAUCUACGCGGUGGGGGGCCGCGACGACUGCAUGGAGUUGUCUAGUGCAGAGCGCUUCAAUCCUCUUGCCAACUCGUGGUCUCCUAUCGUCGCCAUGACGUCACGACGAAGUGGGGUUGGAUUGGCGGUUGUCAACGGCCAAUUGUAUGCUGUCGGUGGAUUCGAUGGAACGGCCUACCUCAAAACAAUAGAAGUUUACGACCCAGAGCAAAACCAGUGGAGGUUAUGUGGUGCAAUGAAUUAUCGUAGGCUGGGCGGGGGUGUGGGGGUUAUGCGAGCCCCCCAAACCGAGAAUUACUUCUGGUAACAGUGCAUUCUUCCAAUCGAAAUGGAAUUCAUGUGUUCACACAUUAAAAAAAAUCACAUAAUUGAAUGACUCAAUCAUAACUUCUGUUGCACGUAAUAGUUAGUGUUCAACAGUUGCAAAAUCAUGUAUCGUUGAAUAGUGCUAAUAUAUAAUAUAUGUAUAUUUCAAUUGUGUAUAAAUCUCCCUUCAUCCCGAAACGUGAUAAUAAUUAUAAUGUAUAUUCUUAUGCACUUAUAUGUUUUAAUUUAAGCACUAUCGACGUAAUGUUGAUAAAAUCAUUUAAUGCCAUUUUGAUACUUUAAAUUCUCAAGUAUAUUUUAUUUUUGUUGAAAUUUGGAAUGUUUCUAGGUGUUUCAUUCAUAAUCUAAUGAUUAUGGGUAUGACUUUGUUUAAUAUGUGAAGAAUUGUUGAAUUUAACAUUUUUUGCUGCAUUGUUAAUUAAAUCGCUAUGAAUACUUCGA